AUGAACAUGUUUCUCCAUAUCUCCAUUUUUACGCUACUGUAUUUAUUUCCGUUUCUCAAACUUAAGUUCGCCCUCGACCGAGUGUCUCAUCUCUCCGCCCACGACGCCCUGACUAUUGUCCGAAGCGCCCUCAGUUUGCCCAAAAUGAUGUAUUUUCUUCGUACAUCCAGCUACAUUAACCCAUCGUUGCUGGGCAGAUUUGAUGAUGUUUUGCGUACCGCCUUGUCAGCCAUUUGCAAUGAACCAUCUGGCAUUUCAGUGCAAGAUGGCAAGCGACCAGACGGUUGUACUCUUACUCCCUGGAGAGCUGGUAAAUGUUUGGCUUGGGAUGUUACGGUUCCUGGUACCUGGGCCGAACGCUACGUUCACCUUACCAGCAAAGAAUGUGGUAUGGCUGCAAUCAGGGCAUCGGACGAAAAAAUUAAAAAAUAUCAACACGCCCUGCCUUCCUUAGAUUUUUUGCCAAUAUGUAUCGAGGUCCUUGGACCCAUGAACCCCAAUACUUCAAAAUUUAUUAAAACAUUGUGUAAAAUGAUUGGUAUUCGGUCAGGUGACAACAGAGAGUUCUUUUUUGCAAUAAACCACAUCUCGUGUUUGUUGCAGCGAUUUCUGCGUGUUUGUGUGUCGGAAAAUAUUAAUUUAAACGCCGACGUGUGA